AUGGCUGAAGUGGUAAAUAAACGCAGAAAGAAAAGCUCGCAAAACGGCGCGAUGAAGGUCAAAAAUUCCCACCUUCUUCACAAUCUUAUUUCAGAAAACACGCACUAUCAUGGCUCGAUUGUGCGUAUGAAACUCGUCAGAUUUCUCACGUAUGAUGAAUGCGAGUAUUUCCCAGGAGCAAGUCUGAAUGUAAUAUUAGGACCGAAUGGUAGUGGCAAAUCCUCUCUUGUUUGUGCAAUAUGUCUUGGCCUUGCUGGCUCCCCAAAGCUCCUUGGGCGAGCCGACAAUGUUGGUGAAUUUGUAAAACAUGGUGAAGCACAUGGAUCAGUUGAGCUCGAAUUAUACAAUUCACAACAGGGCAAAGGAAACUAUAUCAUUGAACGGCAAAUUACCAGGGAAAACAAAUCCACUUGGCAACUCAACAGAAAAGCUGUUCCUCAGAAAGCAAUUCAGGAUUUGGUGAGUGAAUUGAACAUUCAGAUCAACAAUUUGUGUCAAUUCCUACCCCAGGAAAAGGUUGUUGAGUUUGCAAAGAUGUCACCCCAGGAAUUGUUAGUUGCCACCGAAAAAGCUGUUGGCCCACCUGACAUGUGGCAAAACCACCAAGAUCUUGUUGUUCUUGGAAAGAAAGGAAAAGACAUGGAGGCAUCAUUGACAGAAAAGAAGGAAUAUUUAGAGAAACUCCAACAGCAAAACAGCCGACUGGAACAUGAAGUUAAACGCUAUCAAGAAAGAGAAAAACAUUUGGAGAAGAUUCGAGUCUUGGAAAAGAAGAAACCAUGGGCUGAAUAUGAAGAAUUGAGGAAACAAUUUAUCGAAAAGAAACAAAAACGUGAUGAAAUCAAGCAAGUUAUUGAUCAAACUAAAAAACAAAACGCUCCUUUGGAGAAGAAGAAAAACGAGGCCACGAAAAAAGUUCAAGAACAAAACGAAGAGAAUCGUAAACUGGGUGAAAAAGGUAGACAGGCCCACCAGAAUUUGAAAAACAAGAAAGAGAAACUCGAAGAAUCGGUUGACAAAGUCAAAGACAUGGAAAACGAACUAAAAGGAAUGGUUCAAGAACAGAAAAACAUACAAAAAAAAAUCACAGCUCUGGAAAAUUUUGUUCAGGGUUUGAAAAACGAAUUGGAAACUCUUCCAGGACCCGAAACGUUUCAGCCUCGUUUGGCGGAAAUCAACAAUGAAGGUCGGACACUUCAACAGCAAAUCAACAAGAUUCAAACGGACGCAGCAAAUCUCAAAGAUGAAAAAGGCAGCGCUGGAAUUCAAUUGAAAAGCGUCAGAGAGCGGUUAGAUCGUCUUGAAGACAAGAAAAACCAGCGUUUAGAGUUCCUCAGAACGCACUAUAAGGACACGUACAAUGCAGUCUUGUGGCUGCGGGAAAACCAACACAAGUUUGACAACCCCGUCCAUGAACCUAUAAUGCUUUUGGUCAACAUGAACCGCUUGGAAGAUGCGAAAUUUCUCGAGAUGGUUGUCUCUGGUAACGAUAUGAGAGCGUUUGUCUGUGAAACAAGAAAAGAUUUACAGCUGUUUUUAUCGGAGGUUCGAGACAAGCAAUCAUUGAGAGUAAAUGCCGUUGCUCCUCCAGAUACACCGCUCGCCAGCUUUAAACCCAGGAAAACCAUCGACCAAAUCAAACGAUGGGGAUUUCUUCAUUAUCUAAACGAGUUGUUUACAGCGCCAGAUGCUGUUAUGAGAUAUUUAUGCGAGAAUUGUAGAAUUCACGAGAUUCCUUUGGGAACUGAGUACACGGAUAAACACGCUGAUGAGGUCAUAGGGAACUCUGGUUUAUGGCAUUUUUACACACCGACGUUGAAGUACGUUGUGAAAACCUCACGUUAUGGCAAUCGUGAAAAGUCAACAGCCACAUCAACUGUAAAAGAUGCGAUGAUUUUCAGCAUUUCUGUCGAUUUAGAACAGAAGAGACGACUUGAACUCGAAAAACAAGAAAUCGAGAGAACUAUCAGCGAAAUUGAGGAAAACAUGAAACUUCUUUUGACUGCUGACAAAAAUGAACGAGCGAGAUUGGAGAAACUUCGAAAUGAAAAGAAAGAUCUUCAACAGAAACAGACUCGACACAAAACAGUUUUGAACCAAAUUGAAAGCAAGGAAAGAAGUAUCGAGUUGAAGAAGACGGAAAUGCCUGACAUCGCGACGGAGAAGGAACGAAUCAAUUCAGAAAUUCAGAAACUGAACAAAGAAAGAGUUGAUACAGCGGGGAAAGUGCUAACCCAAGCCAAGAAAUGUCUCGAUGUCUCGAAAGAAAGGGUUCUAAUCGGCAUGAGAACGUCGAAGGCUAUGAUGGAACAGGCAAAUGUUGAUGCAGAAAUUCGCCAGGCUAACGAACAACUCGUGGGUUUAGAGAACGAGUUUGAGAUUGUCAAAGAGGAAUACGAAACGGUUCGUAAAAGAGCGAAACAGCAGUUGAGAGUCGCACAGAGAGCAACAGACACGCCUGAAGGAUCAGAUUUAUCUGAUGACUAUAAAGAGCUUUUUAAAACCUACCCGAAUACCGUUCAAGAAAUAGAAGACAUGAUUCAUAGUGAGAAAGCUAAAGCUGAUUGCAACUACCAGACGAACCCUCAGGUCAUUAGAGAUUACGAACGAAGAAAAAAAGAAAUUGAGGAACUGACUGAAAUAAUUGCAAACAGCUCGGACGAAAUAAAAAACAAGGACAACCAACUCGAGUCGUUGAAAGAAAGGUGGUUGACGCCGCUAAACGAACUCCUGGCGAGAAUUAAUGAGAAGUUUGUUGGAUUUUUCCGAAAAUUGCAAUGCGCUGGCGAGGUUUCACUUGCCACUGGAACUGACCAGGGCGAAGAGAAUUAUGAGAAAUACGGGGUGGAAAUCAAAGUGAAAUUUCGAGCAAAAGACAGCCUUCAUGUUUUAACUCAAUUUCAUCAAAGUGGAGGAGAAAAAAGCGUCUCAACUAUUUUGUACCUGAUGUCUUUACAAGAGCUGACAAAGUGUCCAUUCCGAGUGGUGGAUGAGAUUAACCAGGGUAUGGAUCCAACCAAUGAACGAAAGGUUUUUGAGUUGAUGGUUGAGACAUCCUCAAGACCAAAUACACCACAGCACUUCCUCAUGUCACCAAAGUUAUUACCAGACCUACAUUACUCUGACAAGAUGACCAUCCUCUUUGUCUACAAUGGUCAUUGGAUGUUGAAACACGAUAAGUGGAACAUGAGGAGAAUGAUCAAAUCUGCUUCCAAGAACUUGGAUCAUUGAGAAAGCUACAACAGUUCCCAUUUUAAAUAACCCCAGUCCCUUUGUUAUUAUAUUUUAUUUGCAUGUAGCAUUUUCUCUUAAUAUUUAAGGCUGCCAUGUUUGUUAUAUGUACAUUUGAACAAUGAGCAUCCUAAGUAAUACAUGUUAUGUUGAUCAUAGAUUCAUAGUUUUGUUCAGUUAUUUCAGAUUGUAUAGAACGCAAAGUGUAUAGAUAUUUGUGGAGGGGUGUUUUAUAUCUGAUGGACAAGAAAUCAGCCUUUUUUAUACAAAAUAUUUUAUAAAGUUAUGUUGUUAAAUAAAUUUUGUU